AUGAAGGAAAAAUCCAAGAACGCGGCAAAGACAAGGCGGGAAAAAGAAAAUGGAGAAUUCUACGAACUGGCCAAGCUCCUGCCGCUGCCCUCGGCCAUCACCUCGCAGCUGGACAAGGCGUCCAUCAUCCGUCUCACCACCAGCUAUCUAAAGAUGCGAGCCGUCUUUCCCGAAGGUCUGGGAGACGCUUGGGGACAGCCGAGCAGGAUAGGGCCCAUGGAUAACGUGGCCAAGGAGCUCGGAUCCCACUUGCUUCAGACUUUGGAUGGCUUUGUUUUUGUGGUAGCCUCAGAUGGCAAAAUAAUGUACAUCUCAGAAACAGCGUCUGUACAUCUUGGCUUAUCUCAGGUGGAGCUUACUGGUAAUAGCAUUUAUGAGUAUAUACAUCCUUCCGACCACGAUGAGAUGACGGCUGUUCUUACUGCUCACCAGCCUCUUCAUCCUCACCUCUUACAAGAAUAUGAAAUUGAGAGAUCAUUUUUCCUGAGAAUGAAGUGUGUCCUAGCCAAGAGGAAUGCAGGAUUGACAUGCAGUGGCUACAAGGUCAUCCACUGCAGUGGCUAUUUGAAGAUAAGGCAGUAUAUGCUCGAUAUGUCUUUGUAUGAUUCCUGUUACCAAAUUGUUGGACUGGUGGCUGUAGGUCAAUCUUUACCUCCCAGUGCAAUCACUGAGAUCAAACUUCAUAGUAACAUGUUUAUGUUCAGAGCAAGCUUGGACUUGAAGUUAAUAUUCCUAGAUUCCAGAGUGACUGAAUUAACUGGAUAUGAACCACAAGAUCUGAUAGAAAAAACCCUCUAUCACCAUGUUCAUGGCUGUGAUGUGUUCCAUUUACGAUAUGCUCAUCAUCUGUUGUUGGUGAAAGGCCAAGUAACAACCAAGUACUAUCGACUACUGUCCAAACAAGGAGGCUGGGUUUGGGUGCAGAGCUACGCUACUAUUGUCCAUAACAGCCGUUCAUCACGGCCUCACUGCAUAGUGAGUGUCAAUUAUGUCCUUACAGAUAUUGAGUAUAAGGAACUUCAGUUGUCACUGGACCAGGUUACCAUUUCUAAGUCACAGUUUUCAUGCAGAAACUCAGUAUCUACCUCGCAGGAAACAAGGAAAAUAGUAAAACCCAAAAGUAACAAAAUGAAGGCAAAACUCAGAACAACGCCUUACCCACAACAGCAAUACAGCUCAUUCCAAACAGACAAACUGGAAUGCAGCCAGGUGGGAAACUGGCGAUCCAGCCCUGCAGUGAACGCUGCCACCAUUCAAGAACAAAACUUUCAUUCAGAAAACAGUGAACUUUUAUAUGCUCCGUCAUAUAGCUUGCCUUUCUCUUACCAUUAUGGACACUUCCCUGUAGACUCUCAUGUCUUCAGCAGCAAAAAGCAAAUGCUGCCUCCUAAGUUUGGGCAAUCUCAAGGCAAUCCUUGUGAAGUGGCUCGAUUUUUCUUGAGUACGCUGCAGACAAAUGGAGAAUGCCAGUGGCAUUACGCCAACUCCUUGGUAUCCAACAGCCAGUCACCAUCCAAAAAUCUUCCUGAGCAGCCAGUGAACAUCAUCCGACAUAAUCUUGGACAGAGUUAUGAAGUGCCCGUAUCGAACAGGAGAUACAACCAAGAUGCUCUCUCCGACAACUUUACAAGUUGCACAGCACCUAUGCCAGGCAGCAGAUACAAAGAAGAGAUUUAUGAUUCCAGCAUCAUGAAACCCAACAAAAUAGAAAACAGGAUUCAGCCACCUCACCAUCUCAUUAAAGAAGAAAACAAGCUAGCUUUUAACAGAGACCUACAAGAAAAAAUGAGCAUUAAUGAAAGCUCUUUUUCAAACUCAGUUGCUAACUCUUUGCUGCCAAAAUCAGAAUGUUUCCAAUCUAAAGCUUUAGGACAAUUAAGUCAUCUCCUACCUGUGCCCGCAGUGUAUGAACAAACAAGACGGAUUUGUAUGAAGGAACCCAAAUAUGGGCAUAUUAGUCACCAUGCUACAAGCCUAAAUGAACUGGACAGUGAUGAGAGAAUGACUGUAAAGCUUGAUCACGACUCUGAGAGUGAGCGUGUGAUGGAUGUAAGACCCUCUGGACAAGUUCCAUUUGUGCUUCUAAAUUAUCAUCAUGUUUUAGCCAAACAUGGCACAUUUCAAACUUCAUCAUGUACAGCAACGGGACACGUAGGAGAAAAUUAUGGAUACAAUUCUGAGGAAGUAAAUACGUUUAUGUACAAAAACCAAAGCCCCUCAUCAGCCUCUUCUCCAGAAACCCACAAGGAAACGACACUACCCCAUUAUAUUGGAACUUCUGUAAUAAUAGCCAAUGGAAGGUGA